CGUGACUCGACACGGGUCAAGUCGCAACGACGUUCUGCUAAUAGGCGAAGUCAGAGCUCAUGGGAACAGUUAUCUAUCACCGCCAACUCAGGUCGCUUUGUACGACCCGGGAGACGCUCGAACAUGCAAAAUCCAUUCUCAACCUCGCAUCUGUAAAGACGGGUCGCGGAACAGGUUUCGUAGCCAAUGCAGCUGCGCUACCCGCAGUUGCUGCUUAUCUGGCAUCCGAGCAAUUGAAUGCAAACGAGGUCUCCCUCCAGAGCGCGGCGACAGCCGCAUGUGUCAAGCCCCGUGUCUUUGAAGAUAUGCUCAAAACCGUAUGUACAGCUCUCCAGCUGGAUGAAGACAAAGAUGGGCAGCACGGAUCUGGGGGAAAUCCCACAUACCAGAGUCUGGUCGCGUGUCAUGGGCUAUAUCCUCCAAAAGAAGCUGUUCGGUGGAUGGAACAAGCUGAGGACAUGCUGCCACAAGUAGAGAUGAUGAAGAGACGAUACGGUUUACAUAUGAUGACGAGUGCCAUAUUCUUCUGGGUGUAUAAUUUGAUGGGGAACACGCUCGCAGAAAAGACGUUCUGUGCGGACUACAAUUUUAAACCGGUCAAGUUUAAGAACAUCUUGAAAGGUCUAGACGAGCACUGUGGAACUGUGGCAGACCUGGUUCGAUCUGCACUUCCUAAAAUCCAGGCUUCUCAGUCCACCGUUCCAGCCACUGCCUCUUCUUCUAGGUUUCCCUCAACCGCACCGUUUAAGUUGCCAGGUUUUUCGCCGCAGAAAUUCAAAUCACCCAUCAAAUCCGCUAUGAAAGGCAAGGAACGGGAACGGGAGUUGAUGAUGUCGAGGGCCACGUCACAGAAACGAACUGUCGCGUUUUCCCAGUCCUUGCUCGACCCAGAUGAACAUGCGGAUGUUCCUGAAACACCGACGAAAAAGCGCAGAAUCGGAUCUCCCACCAAGCCCAGCCUGAGGUGCGGAAUGACAUUAUCGUCCGUCACCCAUGAAGAUGCCAGCCCAGCCGCGUUUCGGACAGCACUCACGGGUCCAGCGCUUACCCGGUCACGACCCUCCAGCCCAAGAGACCCCCGUGCGUUUCCUUCUCCUCGCACUCCUAGCACCCGGACAGACGCCGCUGAACCACCAUCGACGCCCCGACAAUCAAACGGGCUGCAAGCGUCGAAUUUAGAUAAUGCCUCACCAGCGCAGUCACCCACAUCGGCAGUCGUGACCUCAACCCCUUCCACUUCGACACAUCUUCCCCCUGCUCAACCCCUUACCCACCCUCGCAAGCGCUUCUACCCCAUCUUCAUGGACCAGCAGCAGUGGGUCGCGAAGGAUCCGAAGGUGGAGAGGAUUUGGGCAGAUGCAGCGGCGCAUCGGACUCACAUGAUUGAGUUAUACGGGCAUCCGUUGGAGCACUACCGACCGGUUGUCUCGUGAUUGGUACUCUAGAUUGCAUGUUUUCAUCGAUGGUCGUACGUGUAUCCAUUCCCCUUCUCGUUGGUGGAAUCAUGUCACUUACAGGGUUAGUUAAUACUCAGCAGAAUAUUAUAAUACGUAUUCUAUACGAAAGUUCAAUUGGAAUCCACACAUGGCAGAGUAUACCGAUCAAGACCGAACUAAGUCAAUUGUAGGAAUAAUGAUACUCCUGCGUAGAGUACCGCGGCGGCCAGCGUUUUCCGAUGGUCUUAGGACUGUCUUUAGCGCCUCUUUCGCUCACAGGACCAUUGUGAUCAGGAGGAAUGAAUGGGAGGUGAACGGAGGGUACUGGAGAUGAGAAUGCUUUUGUGCCUGUAAGCGUCUACUUCGACACAUAAUUCGAUUG